CCUGAAGACACAUCUCAGGAGAAACAGUCUGAACCUCCCUAUCCCCAGCGAACCCAGCGCCAUGGACACCAAAGGCUCCUUUUCCUGUGGCUUCCUCCUGCUGCUGCUCGUCCAGCUCCAGUCCAGCCGAGCUAACCCCAUCUACAGCCUCAGCCCUGCCAAAGAGCUGGCCAGCAUGGAGGCUCUGCUGGAGAGACUGGAGGAUAAGUUUGCAAUGAUUGAAGCCCUGGAGUCCAAUCCUGACCUUCAAGAACUCAAACCCCAGGAGGAGAUCCCACCAGAAGUCAUAGAGGAGGGCGAGGAGCAGAAAGCUGAAGCCAGGCUGGCUCCCAGCACACCUCUGUCCUACAGGGACCCCUUCCUCAAGAGACUCCGGGGGCUGCAGAUGCCCAGGAUGAUGAGAGAUUCCGGCUGGUUUGGGAGGGGGGUCGAAAGAGGACAGGAGUGGCGCGGGGCCGAGCCGGGCUGCGGGGCGCCAGAUGUGCCGGAGCCAGGGCAGCUGCUGGCAAUGGCUCUCAGGAACCCCGGUUGCAGCAGAGCUGCGAGC